AUGGGUACUCAUAAAACAAGAACGACUUCUUAUCACCCGCAAUCUGAUGGAAUGGUAGAACGAUUUAAUCAGACAUUUGCGAGGUACCUAGCAAAAGUUGUAGACAAUCGGCAACGAGAUUGGGACAAGCACAUACAACCGUUUUUGUUGUCAUAUCGAAGCGCUGUUCACGAAAGUACAUCAGUGACACCAAACUUUGGAAGAGAAUUAUGGCUGCCUGCAGACCUGAUUACCGGGAUACCACCUGAUGCCUCACGCAGUAUAACUGAUUAUGCAAAUGACUUGCGGAACAAAAUGAAUGACAUUUUGAAUCAGGCCCGAUUGUCUGACGUGCUCAUAGCACGUCAAACAAUCGGGCCAGCAAAUGUCUGA